GUUGUAUGGCGAGUUUAAAUAGCCAAGCCUGGUUUAAAAGCAAUAUGGCCGCGUAAGGUGAACCCCACAGAAGCAAGUCUCUUACUUCGUUCGAAAUCGAAUGAUAGUUUUACUAUAAAAUCAAGCCGGAUCUUCGAUAAAAUACUAUCACCACUUUGGCUUGGUUCAGGUUAGAAUGACCUGAUGUAAAAAUAGCUAACCAGUCAAUCAACGAUCUGCGAGUUUCGUCCGCUGGCUGAGCGUACGGACAUUCAUAUCGCGGAAGGCGGGGAAGACACACGGAGAGACCUUACUGCCAUUGAAGAGGAACAUAGUGGACAUUUAGCAUUGUUUAUGCGAGGAAAUAGAGAGAAUAAAACAGAGCAGACGAAAAGACAGCAGCAGGUGCGCUCUCCAGAGUUCCCAUCAUGCAACAGUGGCAGCCAUGUUUUGUAUCCCUUUGUCCAUAAUAGUGUUCGCGUUAUGAAGUGACCCUAAACACGGGAGAUGUCUCGAAGGAAGCAAGGUCGGCCUCAGCAGAGGAAAACAUUGGACGAACUUGAUACAGACCACGACUUGCUGACUUGUGGUGCUUGCCAAACAGAGUACCCGCUAUCAGAUAUUGUCCACUUUAUACAGCACAAGGCUGAACAAUGCAGCCAGAAAGACACUACUACGACGUGCAAUGAUGACGCGAAUGAUGACGAUAGUGAUAAACAAGAUGAUGAGCCUCUCAUCAGCAUCAGUAGCAGGCGAACAAGUAUUUCUGCACCAAUCGCGCGGAAGGAGAACCUGAGCGAAGUCUGGGAAAUUCUAUCGCCCCAAUUAAAGAAAUGUAUCCCAGAGUCGAACAAUGGUGAUCUCGCAAAGAUGGAUCUGGCUAAACCAGAUCGUGUGGACGCAGAAGUAAACACUUACCACUCAGAGCCCCGAUACUUCAAGUGCCACACAUGCCAACAAGAGAAGUACACAGCCUGGGACAUAGUCCAACAUGCACAACAAACUCAUGGUAUACAGAUCUACAUAGAAGAUCAGCAAGAGAAGACAAACACUCUUGUGUCAUCAUCAAGGCAUAGUUCUACUGAAGAAUUAGACACUGUUAAAAAGGAAGAUGAAAGUUUUGAUGAAAACAGAGAGCAGCAGAUGCGCGAGGAGGAAAUCAAAAGAAAACUAGAAAGAGAUAUGCCAGAAGGCUUGGAGAGGAAAAAGUUGAGGUUAGAUAGUACAGGUGAUGCACAAAGAGAGAAUGAUGAGAGACAAGAACAAGAACAAGGACAUCCUGCAAAAAUAAUGAAAGGAAUGCAGCCCCCAAAUCCAUUCAUGCCUUUUCCAAUUGGCCCAACAGUGUCCCCGAUCAUGCCACAUCCCUAUAACCGUCCAGGGGGGAUGCCCGAUUUCCAUCACAUGGAUAUUGGUUCUGAUCCAUAUGUUAACAGGCAUUUACUCCAUGGUAUGCCCUUACCCCCAGGAAUAGAACAUCAUCCCGCAUUCCCAAACAUAUUUGAUAGAAGCCGCGGCUUGCCAGGAAUGAUAAACAUUGACCCAUCCCUAAUGGACUUUUACUCUAAACGACUGCGUCAGCUAGCAGGUGCUACAAGCCCAACAACUUCACCAGUCAGAAAACAGCCUCAGACACCACCCUAUUCUAAACCUCCCACACCCUCAGCAUUCAGUACUGCAUCAACAUCUGGUACCACUCCUUCAUCACCAACUCAAUCCAAUUCAGAAGGUAAACUACCACCCCCUCUAAUUGCGACCAAUGCAAUGGUGAAAUUAAAAGCUUGUGAAUUCUGCGGGAAGACCUUCCGAUUUCAAAGCAACUUGAUCGUACAUAGACGAUCACAUACCGGUGAGAAGCCCUUUAAAUGCCCGUUGUGUCCUCACGCAUGCACGCAAGCAAGUAAGCUCAAGAGGCAUAUGAAAACCCACAGGAAUGACAACCGUGUGCCUGGUCACCUUCAAUCCUCAAUGGGUCAGAUGUCUGAUAACAGCCUUCAUUCGUCAAACAGUGGUAGCCCUGAUGGCAGCAACUACAAGUAUGGCAUUAAUGACGACUUUGACAGUGAAGAUGAAGAGGAGGAGGAAGAAGAAGAG